CACGCUAGUGUCUUUUCCUUGUAAGAGUUAUUUCAUGUUGACCGUUAUACUAUUUAUGUCAUGGGAUUGUAUGAUACUAAUUUUGAUAGGAAAUCAUAGUUGGUGAGAAAGCUGCAACGAAUUUUAGUUGCACCAAAAAUAUACAAAAUGAUGAUAUAUCGGCGCAAACGCAUUUGUGUGGAAUCUAGUUUUAAGCUAUAUUUGGGGAAACAUGUAAAUCAGGGGUUAUAAUGAAGAAAUGAAGACCGGUGAAAAUUUUGGUCAAAACCUAAAAGUGACGAGUGAAGAGUAAGCAAGAUUUGGCAAUCAUGGAUGGACAAAGAUUAACUAGAACGUUUCCUUUCCUUUUCUUUUUCAAUAUCCAAAGUUUUUUCCUUUUCCUUUUCUUCUUCUUCUCCAGAACCCCUGCUAUUCUUCCUACCAGGGGUCUCAAUUCCCAAACAUUGCUUGUUUAUGUGUUAAUUUGAGAUAGAAGAAGGGGAUAUAUAACAAUGUCGUCUAAAUCUGCUCCUCAUAAUAGAUUUCCUGAUAACGCCACACCGGAUAAUGCCACGCCGGACGAUGCCACACCGGACAAUGCCACGCCGGACAAUGCCACGCCGGAUAAUGCUACACCGGAUAAUGCCACGCCUGAUGAUGCUGAUGGAUCAGACUCGAAGAAGCCGUCGUCAUCAUCACCUUCUCCUCCGAAUAAUACUCCUGCUACUCCUUCUACUCCUUCUACUACCACUACUCCUCCUCCUCCGGAGGGACGUUCUGGCUCAUCACAACAUAGCAAACAAUUAGCACCGCCGUCUAAAGAUUCUUCAAGCUCUACUAACUCAGGAUCUAUUGCAGCAUUCGUUGUGAUAGGGAUAGUGUUUGUUUUCUUCCUCAUUGUGGCCAUCAUUUGCAUUAGAAGGAGGUCCAAAAGGAAGAAACAGAAGAUGUACUUUUAUGGUGGUGGAGAUAAAUCUACUGACCAACUAAAUCUGAAUAAUAACUACAGCGGGCAGAGCCAAAGUUACUAUGGAGGUAGCCAAAACCAAAACCAUGUUGUGAGAAUGCAAAACGGUGGUGAUAGUGGUGGUUGGGGUUCAUCACCCACUCCUCUGAUGAUGAACAGUGCCGAAAUGAGCUCGAAUUACUCGACUGGAUCUCAUUUGCCUCCUCGCCUUUCACUGGGUCUCAACAGCGGCACCUUCAGCUACGAAGAACUAGCUCUGGCCACAAGCAACUUCGCAGAGUCAAAUAUGAUAGGACAAGGUGGAUUUGGUUAUGUCUACAAAGGUGUCUUGCCUAACGGAAAGGAAGUGGCGGUUAAGACCCUCAAGAGUGGUAGCGGCCAAGGCGAGCGCGAGUUCCAGGCUGAGAUUGAGAUCAUCAGCCGUGUUCAUCAUCGCCAUCUUGUUUCUCUUGUUGGUUACUGCAUUGCUGGUGGCCAGAGAAUGUUGGUCUAUGAAUUCAUCCCUAAUAACACACUGGAACAUCAUCUUCAUGCUAAGGGUCAGCCUACCAUGGAUUGGCCUACCAGAAUGCGCAUUGCCAUUGGAGCUGCUAAGGGACUUGCUUAUCUUCAUGAAGAUUGUCAUCCUCGCAUCAUCCAUCGUGACAUCAAAGCUGCCAAUGUCCUUAUUGAUAAUAGCUUCGAAGCAAAGGUGGCUGAUUUCGGAUUGGCUAAGUUGACCACAGAUAAUAACACUCAUGUAUCUACUCGUGUCAUGGGAACAUUCGGGUACUUAGCUCCUGAAUAUGCAUCAAGUGGAAAAUUGACAGAGAAAUCUGAUGUAUUCUCGUUUGGGGUGAUGCUGUUAGAAAUCCUAAGUGGGAAGCGCCCUGUGGAUCUCUCAGGUGCCAUGGAUGAUAGCUUAGUUGACUGGGCGCGGCCACUACUGACACGUGGGUUGGAGGAAGAUGGCAACUUUGGAGAGUUGGUGGAUCCAUUUUUGGAAGGAAACUACAACAAACAAGAAAUGACAAGGAUGGCAGCUUGCGCUUCUUCCAGCAUCCGUCACUCUGCUAAGAAGCGUCCAAGAAUGAGUCAGAUUGUAAGGGCAUUGGAAGGAGAUGUAUCAUUGGAUGACUUGAAGGAUGGGGGGGCUAAGCCGCCGUCUGGCAGCAAUUACGCGGCUUCAAGUGGUUACAACCCUGCAACUGCGAGCUCUGGCUAUGACACAAUGCAAUACAAUGCUGAUAUGGCAAAGUUCAGACAAGCAGUGUUUGCAAGCCAGGAAUAUAGCAUGAGUAGUGGUGAACAAAGCUUUAGCAAAUAACUGCAGGCACAUAGAAGAUUUUGCAUGGUGCUUGGUAGUUUGUUCAUCAUCAAGGAAUUGGACAGGCUGAAGCAGUCAAUGCUGGUUAGGAGGAAGAAGAAAUUGAUGACGAUGACAAUGACGAUGACGGUGAUGUGUUGGUUGUGAAUAAAAAUCGGUUAGCUCUUUUUCCCGCUUUCUUUAAGAUAUAGCCGUUACGUCGCUCUCAUAUUCAAAUGGCAGUUAUGAAGAGGUGGUUACCGCCAAUGUCCUCCAUGCAGGUGCUGCCUUGUAUUGGAAACUGGAUGCCUAUGGAGGGAACUUUAUAAGAUCGGUGGGGAAGUUCAUAUUUUUUUUUUAAAUUUUAUUUUUGGUGGUUUCUUUUGUAAACCCCUUGUUAUCGUUUGUAUAGUUAGGUUUCUUAUGUGUAAUUAAGAAGGGAAAAACAAAAAUUAUAUCAUUGAAAGUGAGUGCAUGUUGUAAUGACGAGGCUCCUUCAUAAAUUAUUGUCAUUGUUACCACAGCCCU